CCGACCGCGACCUCUUUCCUGCCCAGCUCUCCCGCCCAGAGCUCCCGCGCACGUCGUCGCCGCCUUUCAAUUUACCCCACCUCAUCUUUCAUUCCUUAUCCCCAGGAAACACCACACGACCAAACCCACACAAUGGCCGAAUCAUGGGAGCAAGAGGAGGACAAGCUGUCGCAGCAGGCGCAGAACAUGUCGCUCAACAACAACCAAGGCCAGGGCUCAUUCCAUCCGGGCGCAUCAUCCUUCACCCCCGGCGCCCAAUCCUUCGUCCCCGGCCAGCAGUUCCAGCAAUACGGUGGCGGCUACCAGCAGCAAGGUUACGGCCAAUACUACAAUCAGCAGCAAGCCUACGGCGGCUACCCACAAUACGGAGGACAGCAGGCCUAUCCGCAGUAUGGCCAGCAGCAAUACAACCAGCAAUACGCUCAGCAAGGCUACGGAAAUCAGCAGGCUUACCAACAAUAUGGUCAGCAGCAACAAGGCCAGCAGCAACCACAGCAAUCACAGCGCCAGCCGCCCGUUCAGAUCGCGAAGAGGGGUGACAACACCGCGCCCGCUGCUGCACCUGCUGAGCCCAAGGCCAAGGUCUUGAGCAUCGGUGGCGAGGCACCCAAGGCAAAGGUUUUGUCCAUCGGCGCCGACGCUGUUGCACCAAAGGUGGAGAAAGCUGGAGGCACCAAAGUUCUUAGUUUGGGUGUCCCCGCUGCUGCUCCUUCGGUCAAGGACAAUGUAGACCCCAAGGCACCCGAGGCUGGUACCAAGGUGACCGCUGCAAAGGCCAUCGAGAAGACCGGAGAACCCACCAAGGCGACUCCAGCCGCCUCUGGAAGGACAUCGCCCAGCGCUUCUACCGGCCGAGGCUCUCCCAGCCGCGCCGCCGAGGCCAAGGCCGCAAAGGCACAAGCUGAUCUGGAGAAGGAGCAGGCCGAAGAGGUUGAUGACGAGGUGUUGGCAGAAAUCUACGGCAAAGAGCACGUGAACAUCAUUUUCUUGGGCCACGUCGAUGCCGGCAAGUCUACUCUCGGAGGUUCCAUUCUCUACGCAACUGGUAUGGUGGAUGAGCGGACCAUGGAGAAGUACAAGAAGGAAGCCAAGGAUGCCGGCAGAGAGACGUGGUAUCUGUCCUGGGCAUUGGAUCUUACCAAAGAAGAGCGAUCCAAGGGAAAGACCGUCGAAGUUGGUCGCGGCUUCUUUGAAACGGAGAAGCGACGAUACUCGAUCCUGGAUGCGCCUGGCCACAAGACAUACGUCCCCAGCAUGAUUGGAGGUGCAUCGCAAGCAGACGUUGGAAUCUUGGUCAUCUCUGCACGCAAAGGUGAAUACGAGACGGGAUUCGAAAAGGGUGGUCAGACAAGAGAGCACGCUAUGUUGGCCAAGACGCAGGGUGUGAACAAGCUGAUAGUGGCUGUCAACAAGAUGGACGAUCCCACGGUCGAGUGGGGCGAGGACCGCUACAAGGAGUGCACCACCAAGCUUCUUCAGUUCUUGAAGGGAGUUGGCUACAACCCCAAGACGGACGUUCACGUCAUGCCCAUCAGCGCACAGACUACGAUCGGUAUCAAGAAGCGCGUGCCAACCGACCUUGCGCCCUGGUAUGGCGGCCCAUCGCUGCUUGAAUACCUCGACGACAUGAAGGCGCUCGAACGCAAGGUUAACGCACCCUUCAUGAUGCCUGUCUCCGCCAAGUAUAAGGACAUGGGUACCAUGAUUGAGGGUAAAAUUGAGUCCGGCAUCAUCAAGAAGGACGCAAAGUACAUGAUGAUGCCUAACCGCGAAACCAUUUCCAUCUCGGCACUGUACGGAGAGCAGGAAGAGGAAAUUCCAGGAGCCACAUGCGGUGACCAAGUUCGCGUACGUAUACGUGGUAUUGAAGAGGAGGAUAUUCUCCCUGGAUUCGUGCUCUGUUCGCCAAAGCGACCCGUUCACUGCGUUAAAUCAUUCGAAGCCCAAAUUGUUCUCCUAGACAUCAAGAGUAUCUUGACGGCAGGCUACAAUUGUGUUCUACACGUACAUGCGGCUCAAGAAGAGGUUUCAUUCUCGGCCCUGCUGCAUAAGCUAGAGAAGGGCACAGGCCGCAAGAGUAAGAAGGCGCCAGGUUUUGCGACCAAAGGCAUGUCCAUCAUUGCGCGAUUGGACGUUACCGGAACAGCAGGCGCUCUUUGCGUCGAAAGAUUUGAGGACUACCCUCAACUAGGCCGUUUCACACUGAGAGAUCAAGGACAAACGAUUGCCAUUGGAAAGAUUACGAAGUUGCUCACCGACUCGGCGGGCGCAGACCUCACCACUGCUUAAAU